UAACCACCGAGUGCCAGCCUGCCCGCACACCCCUCCACUGCUGCAGCGAUUGCUCUCUGCGGCGGACCGCGCCCGGCAGCGCCCGUUCGGGGACCGGCAGCUCAGUAGGAGGAACGAGGCUUCGGAUUGGCAGCCUCCGGCGAUGCCGGGUGAGAGGGGAGGGCACAAAGGCGCGGGAGCGUCGCGCAGAAAUGACGCAAUACCGCCGCUCCUUAAAGGCGCCGGACUCUCGAGCGGCGCACGGCGCAGGUGCGUUCCGGAGGCUCGCGGUUUUGCUCGCAGCACUGAGAACCGGCCCGGGCAGACGGGAGCGAGCGGGUUGUGCAGACGGGGUGCGCGCCGGACGCGGGCGGCUCGAGGGGUCCGUUUGGGCGGCGUCCGGAGCCCGACCGGCGGGCUUAGGAGCGGGCGCCGCGAUGGCCGAAGGCAGCGCCGUGUCAGACCCUCAGCACGCCACGCGCCUACUGCGAGCGCUCAGCUCUUUCCGCGAGGAGUCCCGCUUCUGCGACGCUCACUUGGUCCUCGACGGGGAGGAGAUACCGGUGCAGAAGAACAUCCUGGCGGCUGCCAGCCCGUACAUCAGGACAAAGUUAAACUAUAAUCCUCCAAAAGAUGAUGGAUCAACCUAUAAGAUUGAACUUGAAGGGAUAUCGGUAAUGGUUAUGAGAGAGAUCCUGGAUUACAUCUUCAGUGGGCAGAUCCGGCUGAACGAAGAUACCAUCCAAGAUGUUGUGCAGGCAGCAGACCUGCUCCUGCUGACGGAUCUUAAAACUCUCUGCUGUGAGUUCUUGGAAGGCUGCAUUGCCGCCGAGAACUGCAUCGGGAUCCGAGACUUUGCACUCCACUACUGCCUGCACCACGUCCAUUACCUGGCCACAGAAUACCUGGAGACUCACUUCCGAGAUGUCAGCAGCACAGAGGAAUUCCUAGAACUGAGUCCUCAAAAGCUUAAAGAAGUGAUUUCUCUUGAGAAGUUAAACGUUGGCAACGAACGAUAUGUAUUUGAAGCGGUCAUCCGAUGGAUAGCACAUGAUACAGAAAUAAGAAAGGUCCACAUGAAGGACGUCAUGUCGGCGCUGUGGGUUUCGGGGUUGGACUCGAGCUAUUUACGGGAGCAGAUGCUGAAUGAGCCGUUAGUCCGAGAGAUUGUCAAGGAGUGCAGCAACAUCCCUCUCAGCCAGCCGCAGCAGGGGGAGGCCAUGCUCGCCAGCUUCAAGCCCCGGGGCUACUCGGAGUGCAUCGUGACCGUCGGCGGAGAGGAAAGAGUGUCACGGAAGCCAACAGCAGCGAUGCGAUGUAUGUGCCCCCUCUAUGACCCUAACCGGCAGCUGUGGAUUGAGCUGGCCCCUUUAAGCAUGCCCAGGAUCAACCACGGAGUCCUCUCCGCAGAAGGAUUUUUGUUUGUAUUUGGGGGCCAAGAUGAAAAUAAGCAGACCCUGAGCUCAGGAGAAAAGUAUGACCCAGAUGCGAACACGUGGGCUGCACUGCCACCAAUGAACGAGGCAAGACAUAACUUUGGAAUUGUGGAGAUAGAUGGGAUGCUAUACGUUUUAGGAGGAGAAGAUGGUGAAAAAGAGCUAAUUUCCAUGGAAUGUUAUGAUAUUUAUUCUAAAACCUGGACAAAGCAACCUGAUUUAACCAUGGUUAGAAAGAUUGGCUGCUAUGCAGCUAUGAAAAAGAAAAUCUAUGCCAUGGGUGGAGGAUCAUAUGGAAAACUCUUCGAGUCUGUGGAAUGUUAUGACACGCGGACCCAGCAGUGGACCGCUAUCUGUCCCCUGAAAGAGAGAAGGUUUGGAGCUGUAGCCUGUGGAGUCGCCAUGGAACUGUAUGUAUUUGGGGGAGUCAGAAGUCGCGAGGACAUCCAGGGGGGCGAGAUGGUAACCUGCAAGUCGGAAUUCUACCACGACGAGUUUAAAAGGUGGAUCUAUCUUAAUGACCAGAAUUUAUGCAUCCCCGCCAGUUCCUCUUUUGUGUACGGAGCUGUCCCCAUAGGAGCCAGUAUCUAUGUCAUCGGAGAUCUUGACACAGGUACCAACUACGACUAUGUGCGCGAGUUCAAAAGGAGCACGGGAACCUGGCACCACACCAAGCCCCUCCUCCCCUCCGACCUCCGCCGCACCGGGUGUGCAGCCUUACGUAUUGCGAAUUGCAAGCUGUUCCGCCUGCAGCUUCAGCAGGGCUUGUUCCGCAUCCGCGUUCACUCACCUUGACGGGGCCGCGGCGCGGAAGCGGAGCUCCUGACCAAGCGCGCCGGGACGCGGCGCUCUGCGAGGGGACAGAGAUGGCAGGCGACCCUUGCUCCGCGCCGGCCUCUGUGCGGUAACGCGAGUGGUUUUCUAACGCUUAGAAGCCUGGGCUUCCAGCUCUUGUUCGGGAGAACACGUUAACUGCUGAAAAAAAAAAAAAAAACGAGGAGGAGUCAGUUCCUCCAGGAGAUGUGCCCCUAGACCAACCGGGCUAGUCAGCGUCAGAGGCAGAGGGAAGUGGGGAUCCGUGUCAUGUAAAGUCGGGAAGUGACAGCACCGAGGUGCAUGUCCCCGCGGGGAGCUCACGUCUGGCUGACCGCUGUGUUCCAGUACCUGGCUUUGGUUAACAAGCGAGCAAACAUACAUAUAUCAGCAUAUCCAAACAUAGCGAGAUUGCUUUUCCACCGCACUUGGAAGGAGAUACGAUGCCUAACUCUGCUCAACAAUUUAAGGUUUGUGCCUAAAAUGUUAGGUUGGACUCAUUGCCAGGUAGUCUCCACUUACUACUAGUUCUCUGUCCUAAGAAUCUUUUUUAAACGAAAUUACGAUGAAUUGAAACUAAGGUAAAAUGUCUCUUUUAUGACAUUCUAUCUUAGUCAUCCAAAAGAGUCAAUAAAUUAAGGAGUCAGGUGGCAGCCCUCCUGUGAAGUUAAAGGAAGUUGCUGACUUCUGUGUUAAGUCAGAUGAAGAUGUGUCAUGCCCUCAUUUCUGGGGUUGUGAAGGAUCUCAUGCAGUGCCAGCCUUCCUUUCCAACUAACCAGACCUGUUUUAUAAAUAUGAGGAUGUUAGUGAGUAGGAGAUUUUGUAAAAGAAGGACCUGAGCCGGACAAAUAAUAAAGGUCUGCUAUGACCAAAAAAAAAAAAAAAAAAGUCCAGAGGAAAUAUAUAGGGAUCAAAAACUUUUAAAAGUAAUCUGUCUGAAAGCACACAAAGUCUUGUUUACUACUGUCUAGGAUUUGAAAACGUGUCUUGGAAUGCGAAUCCAUGUAAAGAAUCUAGUCUUUGUAGCAGAAUUUUCUCAACGCCACGAGUUUCAGACAAAUUACGUUACAAGUAAAGGUUGGCUGGUAGAACAAACUACCUCAACUUAAUUUCAUUCUGUUCGUGUAGAGCAAAUUAAUCCUUUCCUCCUCCCUCCCUCUCACUCCCAUGUCGACCCACUCAACCCCACUCCCCAAGGGGGAAAAAGUCUGUCAUUAGUGGCACUUACCUUGUAAGGUAUUUUGUUUUCCAUUCGAAUUAUACCACCUUAGUGUGAAACCAAGGAGUUCAAAGUGCUUGAUGACUUCAUCAUUUGAAUUUUAUGCAAUAUCAGAUUUCUAAUCAAUUUAAUAUAGAGCUCUUCAUUUCUAAUUGUUUUCUACAGCUUUCCCCCGCCCCUUAGUAUAUGGCUAUAAGGAGCAGCAUUUAGUCUUAAUGAUUAGUAAAUGUACAAGUGUAUCCUUUGGUUAUAAAUUUGAGAAUAGGAAUUUCUCCUAGAAACUUCCUACCUGGAAUGUCUGUAUGCUUUUCCCAUGCAUAUGAAACAUCGUUUGUCUUUUCCCACCCAGGAACAGUAGAAGUCAAUCCAGUGCUAGAAAAGUCACUGAGCAGCCUCGUCUGUGGGAAUUCUAAAGAAUGUUGUGUGUGCGCGUUAAGCCUCCGUCCUGGCAGAGACGUGGGUAAAAGGAGGGACGGGGUUUUCCUCUUCUCUAUCAGAGGCACUGGGCCGGAUUUGCCAGCCUUUCACAUAACAGGCAGAUUUGACAUGUAAGUCAAAGCCAACCUCUUUGCUUUGCACCGUGUACCACUCAGCUGUUGUCUGCACGCUUUCCCCAGGAUACCUUGGAUGUCUUUUAAUCAAAGCAAACUGCUUGGCCACUGCAAAGAAAGAAAACUUUCUUUGUACAACUAGAUGUUAGUUUUAGAGGAAAUAAAUUUCUGAAAAAGUGGAUUUUCUUUGGUAAAGUGUCCCAUACAGAACAGAACCUUGGCCUUCAGAAGCCACAGCUGAGGUACAUUAAAGUGGUAACUGAUGUUCUAUUAAAGCCAUGACAGUCAGCAAUUCUCUUUUCUUUAAUUUCUGUAAUUUAAAGUCCUUCCCAGGCUACCCAGGCCUCUCCAAGGAGACAGUUCAUUGUUUAGGAGUGAACGGGUCCCUGUUGCAGUAUUAUCAGUGCCUGCAUGACUUGGUCAAUUCAUUUUAUAUGAGUAGUUGUUGUUUUUUUUUAAAUUUAGUUCAUUGACCCUGUAGCUGCAGAAAUUAGGUAACUUUUUUAAAAUUAAAUUUGCCACAUAAUAUCGGAUGCAAUAAACAAGAAAAGCUGCUAAGUGCCAAACUGUUAUUUUACUAUAUAUAAGUAUAAAAAUAUUACAUUGACGUGUAGGGAUAUAUUUAAUUUUAUUAUGUUCCAAAAUUAAUUAUGACUUUUGUAAAUUACAGUUACUUUAGUAUCGUGAAAAAAUUUUUAACUAAUUUCACACAGGUUUGUGUUUUAACCAUCCAUUUAUGCCUUGAAAUAUCCUUUCUUGGUACAUUUUUUAUACUUUUUCCAUUAGGCACUUUUAUCAGGUGUAUAUUGGAAUUAGCGGUGAAAGAUAGAUCUUAAAAUUUUAAACACAUUGUCUUUGGGGGAAGUGCAAUUUAUUUUCGUUAUCCGCCAACAGAAGGAAAGUUGUCUCAGCUUAGAGUAAUUUAAAGGAUUUCUUCUAGGCUACGGCCUAAAGUAGGUUUGUUUGUUUCUUUGUUUAACACAUCCAAAUACAGAUUUUUUUUUUCAAAGAUUUAAGUGUUUAAUUUAAAAUGAACUUUUAAUUUUUUGUGUGAUAGUGCUUAUAUCCUGUGAGAUGUAAAAGUGUGAGGGAGAGUGUGUGUGAGUGUGUGUAUGUGUGUGAUGUGACUAGGUAAGUCUGUUUGUAUAUGUUUAGCUUUGGAAUUGUGCUUCCAAACUACAUAUAUUAUUGUCUCCUGGUGCUUCAGAUAAAUUCUUGAGCCUGUGGUCCUUCAGUUUAUACUACUGUGUUAAACUCACGUUGAGUGUAUAUAUUGAUGUAUUUGUAGUUUGUAGUAAGUUUUACUUGGUGUUUGCAUUUCUUUUCUUUAGCACAUUAAAAACAGUGUUAGUGUUGACCAGCUCAUAGUUGGCAUGUUAUAAAGAUUUGGCCUAAGAAAUUUCUAAAUUCAUCGUUUCUUUUACUGCUGUGAGGAGUUGAUAGCUGACACUAGGCUUUUUUCAAACUGUGCAACCACCAAAAAAGAGUAUUUGGGGGAUGUUGGGUGGCAUAUCGUUUGUCUUGAGGUGUUCUGUUAUCUUGCACUAUCACUUUAACGAUGGCACUUUCUUCGGUGAUGCUUCGGAAGUGCCAUUUUGUCAUCUAUGAGUGAGGAGUUCCCUAGGCAAUGCAUGGGAGAUACAUCGUUUAUACUGAUGUGGUAAAGACAGGGCUCCUUUGCUGUGGCACUGCGGUUACUCAGGGUAGCAAGUUAGGUUUUUAGAGAAAUGUGUUAGCCGCUUAGGUCCCUUGGGGUUCUGUCUGGUGUGUUCCUGCUUCAUUGCACCAAACCAGGCAUCUCCAAAGGUUUUCCAAGGAGCAUUAAAAACACUGCAGUAUCACCUUCCGGGAUGUUGGCUUUCUUGAUUCAAGAGGAGGCUGCCUGUGGUCAGAUGAAGAAGCCGGGGAAAGAAUGAGGUGGCACUUCCACCACAUCAGUUUUGAAGGUGCUGGAACCCCCGUACAGAGCACCCAGUGGAAGGGAAGGGAAGGGUGAGGCUGCUCUGGUUCAGUGGCUGCCCCUGGAGCCGUGAGAGAAGAGACUCCAACCGGCACAGAAAAGCCCGCCCUGGGUUUAAUCAACAGUGUUGAUGGAGCACCUCCUCAGGACUCUGCUUGGGUUUCUGGGGAGCUUCACGGUGAGGCAGAUGAGAUCCUGCCCUCCCUCUAGACUGUA